AUGUCGGAUAUAAUUCAAGUUGAAAGCGUUCAACAAUCAAUAUUUCACGAAUUAACACGCGAGUCUGGACUAGAGCUUGGCACACAAGGACAAUUAAACAAGUUGGUGGUUGAACCUUCGGUGUUCCUAUACGGAAUUAUCCAAAAAUUGAAGAAUCAUUCACAAUAUCCCAAUCCAUUGAUCGAACAAUUUCUCGAGUCGUUACAAGCGCAUAUCGAGGAUAACGCACAAUUUCAGGCAUGCUUACAGCCUUCAAUUAUCAGUGGAAGCGCAAAAUUUGUUACAACUAACAACAGCAUCAUCCAAGUACUAUUAUCGAUCGAUUUUCUGCAACCGAGACUUAUUGAUAUCCUACUGGAAAAGCUUCCGGGAUUUAUAACAGAUUCAGAUAAUGAGACUGUCUGUUCGCCUAUCCCGCGCUUGAUUAUACAUCAACUGAAAUGGCUCGGAUACAUUGUUGAACCUGAUCGCUUGUCAUCUAAAAUAUUAGAGGUUAUUUCAAUAACACCUAUAAAUAUACAACGAGAAAUCAUAAUAAACUUGCCUGAAAUAGUCGAUGAUGAUUCGCAACAUAACGUGAUCAUUGACGAACUCAAGACUUUGAUGGAAGAAAAUUAUCAAUUAACAGUGCCUAUACUUGACGCGCUCUCGAAUUUCAUAAUGCAUGGAAACUCGAUAAAUGAACUACGCGAUGUUAUAAUUGAGCGAUUAGAAUCUGCCGACUUGGCCGAUCUACCUAUUGUUUUAAAGUUUCUAUUGCAAUUUGUUACUCCCGAUGACGUUGAAGACGUUAUCCAAAGUAUUCGUAAAAAACUUGAUUUCCGAUCCAUUGGAAAACUUCAAGAAAUGAACAAGCAGAGCAAAAGCUUUGGAAAAUCUAAAAAAGAGAAUAUGCCAGAGACAUUAAUAUUUGAGUCAAUCAAAACUGGAAUACAAUUUCAUAAGUUUGUCAAAGAUGCCUGGUUGAAAAUAAUUACGGAAUUGAAUUCACCGACGGAACAUGAAAUCCUCGAUAUCUUAGUACUAUUUAUUGUGCAUUCGUUUCGUUCAAUGAAGAAAAAAGUAGAACCCAUAUUUCGCAAAAAAGUCAGUAGUGGAUUGAUAACUCAUCAAAUACUAGAAGAAACUAUCACAUGUCACUCAGAAGGACUAUUCGAAUACUUCAAAUCAAUUAUAUCUCUUUCCGAGGCCCUCCUUCGCUCAACUCAACAGCAUUCGCAAAUAUCGCGUGCUGCAUCUAUCAUUUACAAAAGCUGCUUUAAGGUAUUUGAGUUAGAGCAUCAGCAAGAGAUUGUAUGGUCUUUAGUUACACAUAUUGGAAGUGGAUUGCCAGCAGAAGUAGAUUCUGCGCUCGCGGUCUUACUUGCUUUGGUGAAAGAAGACUCCAAGAAAUUAUAUUACUUUGCAGUUUAUUUUAAGGGAAUCUUGGAUUUUCUGGACAAUUUGAGCUUUGAUCAAAUACGCGUAUUAUUCGAGAUCAUCAGUAGAUUGGCGAUUGAGGAGGUUAUAGAAGAUACUACUUCCGGAACAGCCAGUGGUGGUGGCUUACUUUCUGAAUUCUCUAUUGUGAUUCAAAAACGAUUAGCGUAUCCUUCUGAGAAAGAUAAACAAAUAGGUGUUAUUGGCGCGUUGACUUUGGUGCGAACAAUGGGUUCAAAAGAGGAAUGUCAAAAAUUCGAUCCGUCAUCAUCUUUGGGUUCAGAUGAAGGUAGAACGCAUCCAUUAUUAAAUUCUGCGCUAGAGAAUCUUCAGAAACUUCAAAGUAAUAUUGUUGAAUCGAAAAGAUGUUAUUCGUUAAUUUAUGACGAAUUGGCGUAUUUGAUCUCACAUAGGUCGCUUGAUAGUAGAAUUGAAUCUUGGAUCAAAGACAAAAUGGCUUCAAGAUUCACAGAUAUUUACGUGAUUGAUAUUGAUGAAACCAACGACCUAUAUAAGAAAAAAAGUUCCUUGCAAAAUUUACCAAUUGAAAUAUGGAUGCACGAUAAAGAUGGUACCUUUAUAGAAAGUAUACCAAUUGAAACAUGGAUAGAGUCGGAAAAAACGACGAACGAAUCUGUCUUGAUCAACAUCUAUCCUAUGCUCUGUGCACCGCACGUUAAUGCUAAUCAACAGUUUGUGGCUGACCAAAGCGAGUGGAUCAUGUGUAUCAGUUCUAUGUUCAAACUGAUGCAAGCAUGUGAGAAAGCCGAUAAGGAUUCAUUGGAUGAUAUUGAUGCUUUAUUAGGCUCGGGAAUUGUAAUGUACAAGAAAAAUGAAGAUCAUUCGGAGCAAACAAACAAUGCGAACGUGACUCAAGAUGUAAUUUGUGAUUCGCUAUUCAUUGCUAUCAAUUGGUUCCGAGAAAUAAUCAAUUCAUUCUCUGAAGAUCAUUCUGAUAUAGAUUUUCACAAAACAGUAAUAGCGAGGCUACAGCAUGUUGAAAAAUUAGAGAAAAAGCUCGAAGAGGAGUUGGCCAAUUCUUCCCUAUUUCAUCCCAUUGGAUAUAGUUCUUUAACAAGGAAAAUCGGGGUAGAACGUAGAAAUAUUGUUAUUGAGAGAAGUAAACCAGCGACGCAGGCAAGUAAUAACACUAAACAACAACAACCUAGAACAAGAAGACGUCCCGCCAUCAUCGGUAAAAGGAAGGCUUUAAGUUCAAGGCAGCAUGCAGACGAAGGAGAGAAAAGCAAAUCCUCAGGAGACUCGACAUCUAAAACAACUCUUGCAGACUUGCGACCUUUAAUGCGAGAAUUCGAAUGGCAUGUCUUUUAUCUAUUCAAGUAUGCAGAUUUGAAUAUUUUUGAACAAGACUCAGGAAAUAUGAAUCUUGAUGACGACAAUCAAAAUAAAAACUGUUCGCAGAAUCCAAAACUUGGAAUAUCUCAAAUGGUUUAUCUAUUAAAGGAUCUUGAUAGGAAACUCGAGUACAAACUAUCUUCUUCCACCAUAAGCAAUCUUCCAUUUUUCGCGAAAAAAUCAAAAAAACUUGAUAAUGAUACUGGACUCAGUUUGAUUUCACGACAGAGUGAAUCAGAAGUGGUCGAUCAUGUAAUAAAAACAUUGCCUUUAAUAUUAAAGCAAUUCGAGGUAAUAAGUGAAGGGGAUAUGGUUAUGAGUGAGCAAAGCGAAAUUGAUGAAAUUAAUCAAUGUAUGGAAUUGAUCUUGGGGAUAAUUUAUCGGGUAUUUUCUUGGUCCGGUUUGAUGAGUCCGGACAAGAAAGAGACUGUGAUUAGACUGCUAACACAUUUUCACCCUUAUAAAACGGAUAGCGGCAGCAGAAAUACGUCUCAAACUCUAUCAAUCCAGCAAGCUGCGACUAAAGCAUUUACGUAUUUAGAAAUAUUUGCUGAUAGUCUAUCAACUGGCAAACUUGCAAUCUAUUAUCACAAGAUACUCUACAAGAUUACAGAAAUGGCUUCUGAUCCCAAAGAAUUCAUAACAACUAUCAGCACGUUAGCCAAAAAAUUCGCCUCCCAUGAAUGGAAAGACACAAAGCAACUAAACUCUUCAUCAAUAACCUAUCUAAUAGAGAACGAUAUCAAACAUUCCGAUGAUAAUUUGGAAAGAAUAGAUUAUUAUGUUUCAAAGAUUUUUCCCGCUCUUGAAACUGACGACGAGCAGACCUUGAAGGAAAUACCGUUACUUAACACAGCAAACUUUCCCGAUUUUUACAAAGUCGUGUCAAUGGAGCUGAUAGGCUUGAUGAACGAUAAGUUAUGGGAUUUCGAAUCGACCGAGAUGAAACUUGAAUAUCUGGCAAAGAUUGUGAAAUGCUGGAGACAAUUAAUUACAGUGAUAAAGUAUAAUCAGAAGCGUGCCAUUCUUGCUAUCGCAUUGAAAUACGGCAGAAAUUUUGUUGAUUUAUUUUCAAAGAAUGCUAUACCAUUCAUCGAUCUACACCUCAAAGGGCAUCGCAAAGAAAUCCAAAUAAUAUUCAAAUAUUUCCAAGUAGCUACACGGCAUUUGCAAGCUCUCUGUAUCCACGUAAAAGUCGUCAAAGAAGUCAAAUUAUCGAAUAUGGUGCCUCUAGUUAAGAAAUCCUUAGAGAGUGUAAUUUUCCGAGUGAAGGGGAUUCUGCAGCACAAUGAUUUUGCUGCAGAAUCUUUUUUCCUGGGAAAUCUCAGACAACGAGAUUUGGAAGGACACGAAGUGAACACGGAUAGACUUGUCGAACCUGAAUUACACAACGACGAGGAUAAAUCAGAGUCGGAAUUGGAUGAGCAGUAUAUCGCCGAAAUAGAAGAUGAAAUAAAGGGAGAAGAAAAUUCCGAUGUAGAAAGUUCUGUUAAUCAAUCGACAGCAUCUUCUAGUUCAAAAAAUACACGAUCUUCCAUAUCGAGAUCAAUACAAAAUUCGGAUGAUGAAAUGAAAUCCAAUGAUGAUGAUCACGGCGAAAGUGAUGAAAAUUCAGAUAUUUCAGAUUCUGCUAAUGAUAACGAGGCUGAUGAAAACUCCCAGAAGAAACGUCGGAAAUCUUCAAGGGUCCCUGUUUAUGCAAAGAGGCCACGAAAAGAUAGUAGCAACCAACCAGCAAAAAGGAAAAGGGAAUCCUAG